AAUAGCGUGCGAGACGUCUGCUCCGUUCCGCUUCACGCUUGUAGGAGGCCAAGAUAACGGUUAUGCUUUUAACUGAGAGAUGCAAUGCCUGUCAAACGUUAUUUGGAGUCUUAAACUGCGGUGGGAGGGCACGUUUGGGCUGCAGUUGGAAAAUCGGUGUAUCUUUUCUGUGUUCCUACUUGCUUUUGCAGUAUGGAUUUAUAAAUACAUGCCUGAAGUCUUUGGUGGUUGAUAAGUACGGUGAAGAAAUAUGGGAAAAAUUAAGACUCCAGGCUGGAGUUCAGGAUAGUUUCUUGACUUUUGGAGUUUACAAAGAUGAGAUCACAAUGCAACUUGUUGACAAAGCCUGCAAAAUAUUAGGUGUUCCUGCUGAUAUGGUUCUGAGAGAAUUUGGAGAGUAUUUCUUUGAAUUUUGUAAACGUUCAGGUUAUGACCACAUGCUGAGAACGCUGGGUGGAAAUUUGUAUGAGUUCAUAGAGAACCUGGAUGCAUUACACAGCUACCUGUCCCUGUCUUACCAGGAGAUGAAUGCACCAUCUUUCAGAGUAGAAAAGAAUGAAGACGGGUCAAUGCAUUUACAUUACUAUUCAGAUAGAAGAGGUCUGUACCAUAUUGUGCCAGGAAUCAUCGGUGCAGCAGCCCUGGAUUUUUUUAACAUUGAGAUUUCAAUGGAAAUAGUCAAUCAAACGGAAGAAGAAGAAAGAACUGGGAAAAAAGAGCAUAUUGUUUUUCUCGUCACUCAAAACCCUGUACUUCCAUAUAAAGAAAGAAAUAAAUUUUUCUCACCUCAGUAUCUUGCUGACUCUGAAAAACAAAAUGAUACUCAACUGAACAGUAAGGAUCUUGAGAAAUCAGAGAAUACUAUUAGAGGAGGCUCGGUUUGUCCUGUCAAGAAAAGUCACUGGAAAACUAUAAGAGGAAUAAUCACAUUAGGAAAAGGUAAACUCCUGAGAGGGUUUGACCCUGUUUAUCCCAAGACUCUCUGGAUUGACACAAAAACAUUUUGCAAUGGGCUUCCUUUUCAUAUGGUUUUUGACAAAGAGCUCAGAGUGAAGCAAGCUGGGGUGAGCAUUCAAAAGAUCGUACCUGGCCUUCAGACCAUGGGCAUCUGUCUGGAUCACUAUUUCAGUAUCGUUCAUCCAGAAGUACCCUUCACCAUCUCUAGCAUUCAGAAAUUUAUCAACAGCCAAUUUGUUUUCCAGACCAAGAGAGAAAUGAUGCCAGAGUCAUGGAAACAGCGGCCAAUGCUGGAGCUGAGAGGCCAGAUGAUCUGGAUGGAGUCUCUGCAGUGCAUGCUCUAUCUCUGCUCACCUUUACUUCGCACUUUACAUGAGCUGGAGGAGCGACAGAUGCAUAUUGCAGACAUUGCACCUCAUGACGUGACCAGGGAUUUGAUUCUUCUCAAUCAGCAGCGACUGGCAGAGAUGGAGCUCUCUAACCAGCUGGAGAGGAAGAAGGAAGAACUGCGGGUACUGUCAAAGCACCUGGAAGAAGAGAAGAAAAAGACUGAAGCUCUGCUCUACGCCAUGCUUCCUCAACAUGUAGCAAACCAGCUGAAAGAGGGGAAGCGAGUUGAGGCAGGAGAAUUCAAGGAAUGCACCAUAUUGUUCAGUGAUGUAGUGACCUUUACCAACAUUUGUGCCCAAUGUGAGCCUAUUCAGAUAGUUCUCAUGUUAAAUUCAAUGUACUUGCAGUUUGACAGACUGACCACAGUGCAUGAUGUAUACAAGGUGGAGACAAUUGGAGAUGCCUAUAUGGUAGUAGGUGGAGUCCCUGUGCCUGUAUCCACUCAUGCUGAGCGCGUUGCUAACUUUGCCUUGGGGAUUAUAAUAGCAGCUAAAGGAGUACAGAACCCAGUUUCUGGAAAUCCAAUCCAAAUUAGAGUUGGGAUCCAUACAGGUCCUGUCUUGGCUGGAGUUGUUGGAGAAAAGAUGCCUCGUUAUUGCCUGUUUGGAGACACAGUGAAUAUAGCUUCCCGCAUGGAGAGUCAUGGUGUCCCAAGUAAAAUUCAUCUGAGCUCCAGUGCCUAUCAGUGUCUAAAAUACAAAAAUUUUGAGAUGACAGAAAGAGGAGAAAUAGAAGUGAAAGGCAAAGGAAAGAUGCAUACAUACUUCCUCAUUAGAAAUAAAACUGCAUGUGAGAAUGAGAUUAUGGGAAGGCCAAUAAAAGACUUAGAUUCUGGCCGUGAAUCUGCUCAGUCCUUUCAAGAAGACAGGGCUGAGGCAGUGCCAAGUUCUCAUCAGACAGCUACUCAUAAUCAGCCAGAGAAGGACCAGACCACAACCAUUGCAAUGAAGUAUCUUGAUGUUCCCACAGAUGCACAAAACAGCCUCAAAAGAAGAAAUCAAGCAAAAAUUGCAGAUUUAACAGUGCAUUUUCCUGUUUUGGGACCAGUUUUCUAUAUGAGAUUCUACAUCGUUUUCUUAAAAAACAAAAAAGACAGAAAAGACAUUUCAUCACAAUUUUCAGCAAAAGGAAUGGAAAGUGAUGUUUUUUUUAACCAAUCUGCACACGUCAGAUGACACUCCCAGUGGAGAAUGAGACCACCACAAGAUAAGUUGAAGAUGCAUUUUUCGGCUUCUCCCAUUUCUUUGAAUAUCUCUACUAAAAAAUGACUGUUUGGUAUCUCAUGCAGCAGUAGGGAAAGAGGUGAGUCAUGCAAUUAGAAAUGUUCAUACUCAAGCAAGCAAGCAGUACAAGAAACAUUCCCUGAAGGGACCAUCUGUCUUCAGCACAGCCAACAACCUCCUUGUGUAAGGUCAGCAGAAUUUGGUCUGUUCUAUCUAUUUAACUAUGAUGACAAUUAAUCUCUAGUGAGUCGUUUGCUGAGGAAAAGUAUUCUGCAGUAAAAGUGCAGAAUAGAUUUCUAUAUAAUACAGCUUAUAUUUUUGCCAUCCUGAGGAGACAGUACUGCCUACUUUGUAGCACGUAACAAUAAAAAACAUAAAACAGUCUAUGAUCUUUGAGUCAGCUGUGUAUGCUGUACUUAGAAGGCUUAAGAAGGAAAUACACAUUGUGAAAUUAAGCGAUAUUGAAUUCAUCUCAACACUGAAGGCCUGUUCAAGGCCAAUGAAUUAUCUGAGACCUUCCAACAAGCUUCAAGUUUAUUUCCUAUGGUCUCACUUCAGCUAAACGAAAUUAAGGCUUCAGAACUACACAGGGAGUACAUCAAUGCUGAAAUUAAUGCUGCUAACAUCACUGAAAAUAACAGUGUUAAGGGUCAGCAUUGCUUACCUGGUGUCAGAGGCUCCCUUGCUGAGUUACUUCCAUUCUGAUAUAUUCUUAGAUUGCACCUAAUCAGAAAUAGCAGAGAAAAAUCAGAGUUCAGCUGUCAAGGAUGUAAGAUAGAGGAGCAAAAUAUAAUUGAUAAAAAGACUGUGGACAGUCUGGCGUAUCAUAAAUCAUCCUCUUGUUCCUGUAUGUGGAGCUUGUAGUAGAUGGAAUGUACUGUGUUUUGGGUGAGUUUGACAUGUGAUGUACCCUGCACACUGAUGUACUAUCUUUGUGUGUGGAUUCAUUGUGUUAAAUAUACAAACAUGAGACCCAUUUGAACUUCCAGCAAGAACCCAGCGGACAAGUCUAUAGUGUGACUCCUCCCUUACAGCCUGGAGCAUCACAUUUCUGCCUCUGUCUGUGGCACGAUCAAAGCCUUUUAAACACCAGAUGGAGAGGUAAGACUGAUGAAAGGAAUUGCCUUCUCCCUAUAGUGUAGCAAGAUGAAAUUUCACCUCGUUAGGUUUUGUUUUUAAAUCCAUUGGACAGUAGCUGUCCUGGCUGGGUGCUCUGUGGCUCUAUGAACAAGCAGUGCAUGCAGACCGAUGGAGGAGGAUGUGUAGGGUGAAACUGUGCUGCUCUCCACACAUUGGGUAUUUCAUGUGGUAGCACACACGAAAUGCCUGUUAGCUUUUUGAGCACCUUACAAGUGCAUCUCUCAGCUUAUUUUCAUCCAGAAGAGAUCCAUUAAUGUGCUUUGAGACCACUCUACGAUUUAAAAUGAAGUUCAGUUAGUGAGCAUAACUAGAAAUUCACUUACAAAUGUAUUCUGGACACUGACUAAAAUGCACUUAUGAACGCACCCUUUAAAGCUUUAGCACUUUCAGCAAUAAAACUGGGCAGCGCCAGCCUGGGAGAGUGCAAUUUUCUGUCUGUCAGCAUUUAUUAAUGUUUUUACGUAGAUGGAGUUUUCUAUCUAGACAUUGUUCAUUAUUGUGGAGAGGUUGAUGUAUGCUGUAGAGUGAAUAUACAUCUAAGCAUUACUGUUAAACUGGGUACGAAGAUUCGAAGCACUUGAUGGUGUGCUGCGCUCAGACAUGCCUGCAUUUCACCUGCAGUCUUAGCAACUCCACCCCAUGUGGCACAGCUUCUGUUGUUCAUGGCUUUGUUUUUUCAUGUUGUUACCAACCUUUAAAACAACAUUCCUAAGGAAAGCCAAUGCCUGAUUUCUUUCUCAUUCACAGUGGUGUAAAUCUGCAGUAACAGUUAAGUCAGCACUAUCCCACCGAUUUAACAUGAAAAUUGACAAAAUUUUCUUGCCUUCAGCCUACAGAUGCAUUUCACACUGAUAAAACAGAACUUGUCAUUUAACAAAUGACAGUGAUGGGCUCCAUCUUUUUCUGCAUUUGUGAUGGCUACAUAAAGCCACAUAGCCCCAAACUCACGUGUUGCACAGGAGGAAACAUCACAGUUGCCAGUUAGUGCAGGAGGGAACUUCUUGCUGUCCCAGCUGCUCCCGCAGGCUGUACCUGCAUGGCUAAAUCACUUACUCUCUCUUUAGAAGGGAGAAUUUUUGAUUGGAAGCACUCUGUAGCCCAACAAGCCUUGCCAUCAGCGACUAGGAUGUGGUAUAUGUUAAAGAGUUUAGGUAUGAAUCCUCUAUGGGAGGAAGACAGAAAUGGUUCAUGGCUUAAUUGCUGUCUGCAUUACUUUGCGCAAAUUUUAACACUUGCUUUGCUUAUACCUGUCCUUUCUGCACUGAGCAAUCUAUGAAUAUUUAAUAUUGGGAUGUUUUAAUUGCCAGUAAGUGCACCAUGGUCAGAUACUUUACGCUGUACUUCAGUGCAUUUGAUGUGCUCAGUGGUUUCUCUGUGGCCUCUGCUACUGUCUGGUCUUCUGCUUCCCUGUUGGAGAUGUGGACCUUGGUCAAAUCUGAACAUCUUGAACUGCUUUUAAAAACGCCUGUGCACUGUCCUGUGUUCUUAAAUCUGUGGAUACUGCUAAAGAUGUCAGUAAUACAGAACUAUCAUUCAAAAAUAAAUGUUUCCAUUAAUGGACCGAUUGUCAUUUUUCAAUGUCUAGUUUGAUUCCUUUCCUUCUUUUCCACCAUUUUUAGUUCUUCUUAUGAAUAUAAAAAAAAAAGUUAAGACCGUGACACCUCCAAUAAACAAAGUUUAAUUUCUUGACUAUACACAGUGAUAUGCAUUUUUGUGGCAUCAGAAUCAGCAGCCUGGUACAGUUAACACUGCUGUGUGCUAAUACAUGUGCUAACACGCAGGGACUGACCUGCACUGAACUGACACAGGAGGGGUGGGAGAGCAGAAUUCGCACCGCUGCUUUGAGAAGGUUGAGGCAGACAGGAUUUAAAAGUUGAGAUUUUUGAAAGCCGUCUGGAGCACAUGGAUUCCCAAAUCCCAUUAAAUCUGGUGUUCAAGCAU